AUAUAUAUAUAUAUAUAUACACACACACACAGAGAAGUUUAUGGGUCGUUGCUAAUGUACGAGUCAAUGUGACUUCAAACUGGAAAAGGUACAAUUAAGCGGGAGUAAUUUCUUUGCCACAAGGUUUCAGUUUCUAGGGUUUUCUUUGUUCUCGUCGGUACAUAUAUCCAAUGUCUACUCGAUCAGAACCAGCACAAAGUCGAGCAGACCACGACUCUGCGUCAAAUCUGUACCAGGACUAGCUAGUUGAUUUACCUAGGGAAAAAGUAGAGAGAGAAGGGGGUUCCUUAGCUGAGGGGACUGAUUUGUCUUGGUGGGUUACUCUAGACUCUAAAAUGGAAAGCUUCAAUUGGGAGUAUUUUGACUUCAUGGAUGAUGAUAGAUUGGCGAGGCGGUGGAAGAGAAAUUGUGUCCGUAACAAGGAGUUGAAGGUUAAUUGCUUUAGUCAAUCACUGAAGAGAGCUUUAGAAGAUCAGAAAUUGGGUGGUGGAAUGGUGGACGAGGAUUACCUAAGUUUUUUAAAUCAGGUGGUGAAGGAUACGGAAUCGAGGAACUCAAUGGUAAAAGAUGGUGAUGAGAGUGGUGAAGAUGACCCUCAUUAUAAGAUGUUCUUGGAGAAACUAAAAGAGGAUGGAAAAUCUUAUGUGCUUCAGGUGGCUGGGAAAAAUGAAGUCUCUUUGUAUAUAAAGUAUGAAGCAGAGGAUAGUUCAGAUGACGAGCUCGAGCUACCCGGGAUAAGGAAAUCGAGGAGUGUUAUGGAUACAGAGAGCUUGGAAGCUGCAAAAGAUCUGAGGUUGGAAACCCAAAAGAAUUGGACAAAUACAGGGAGAGUAUAUAUGAUGGAUUGUGUAGGAAGUGAAACGACAUAUUCGGUGGUGGAAAGAGACAUGACACCCGAGCCUGUAAAUCAUGUUUUUGGCAUGGAAAAUGGAUUUUCCAGUGAUAACCCUUGUCCAAAGGAUAGUCAUUCGUUCAAGGUUGGCAGCGAGCACGAAACGGAAGUCGAAAUGGUAGAUGAAUGCUACCAAAUCUACCUAAAUGGGAUCAAAGGGAAAGCUGAUAGUAUAGUUCCCACAAUUGAAGAUGCUGAACUGGUGAAAGAUGAAACGGAAGUCGAAAUGGCAGAUGAAUGCUACCAAAUCUUCCUAAAUGGGAUCAAAGGGAAAGCUGAUAGUAUAGUUCCCACAAUUGAAGAUGCUGAACUGGUGAAAGAUGAAACGGAAGUUGAAAUGGUAGAUGAAUGCUACCAAAUCUACCUGAAUGGGAUCAAAGGGAAAGCUGAUAGUAUAGUUCCCACAAUUGAAGAUGCUGAACUGGUGAAAGAUGAAAAAAUGGAUGAUAGAAGUUCUUCUGAGUCAGAAGUAUUGGUGGCACUUAAUGCUUCUGAUUUUGGUGAUGGAAACUAUUCCCCCUUUGAGACUUCAAAACUGAAUGUCACAUGGGUGGAGGAAGAUGGCCUACAAUGCCUUGGAAAUCCCAAUACAAGCUUUCAUUCCAGGUAUAGGGAGAAGCUCAUGGAGAAGCUCAGCGAAUCAUAUGACCAUGAGGAAUAUAACAAACUUUGGCGAGAUAUAACUGAAGAAAGACCGAAGGAGCGUCAUUUUCACCUCCGCUCUGGAGUAGUAAAAUCAGGGAAGAAAUAUGGUGUACCCGGCCCGUCUUAUCUUGAACAAUACCCUGUUCUUGAUAAGAAGAUUUCUGCAGUAUUCUUAGACAAAUUCAAAGUAUUGAAUCUCUUACGAGGAUUUUUCUUUUGGUUGCAGGUGGCUUUCUUUCCUUGGUCAGUAGCUCGUGGGACUUUACUGAGGACUUUGAUUUUACUCAGUCAAAGUGGGGAGAUGCUGUUGAUGUGGGUUGGCGGCCUCAAGAAUUCAAAGUUAUUGUUCUUGGGUUGCUUUCACGUGUCUUCACUUUCAAAUAUAGCAGUACAGCUGAUCACGACUGUGGGGUGUGUGUGUGGUGGGGGGAGUUGGAGUCAGGUACAUCUUUUGUCGCAGUUGUAGAGACCUUAAUGCAUGACAUUUCCAAAAUGUAGUGGUACUUGGCUCGAAGAGUAGAUUUUGAGUCAUAGUAGCGGUUCAUGCUUUGAGGAACUUCGUUUUGCAUGCCUUGUGUGUACUUCUUUUCUGCCCCUUUUGUGGUGUCUCUGAAUGUUUGCUUUCCUUGUAUACAACUUAAAUGGGAUCUUAUCUCUUUUAGCUCCCAAGUCCAAAUUUCCUAUUCUAGUGUAAUCAGAAAUCCCAAAAAGGGAGAGCGAAAUUUUGGUUUUUUAUAUUUUUGCUAGAGUUGUGUUGAGUUGGAUGGUGCCUAAAAUCUCUUGAAGUACUUUUCCUAUUGAAUAGGUUGACAUUUAUUGUUGGAUCAACUUUGUAAGAACUUAAGCUUUUGGGAAGAUUGAUGAUCUGACAUGGUAUCAGAGUUGUGGUUCUAAGAAGUCCAGGGAGAAAAGCAAAAAUACCUAUUUUGAAAUCUACAAUAAAACAUCUCGUUGUGAGGCGUUUUUCUUCUUGGCUAGCAUAUGCCACAUCUUACUACUGCUGGUUUUUGAAUCUUGAUUUGAAAGAAGUUUUCAAAAGGGAUUGUUUGGUUUGGUGAGGCAUUGUUUGACGAAGCAAAUGAAAAGGAGAGAAAACAGGUUCACUUGCUCCCAUUGCACUUUGCCGCUUCAAGUGUGAAUCUUUUAGUUCUUUUCCUUUUAACUAGAAAUGUAAUGGAGAUUUAAGGGGUUCAGCUACCAUGUUUUAGGCCACAGAAUUGGUCGGUGUAUUGGUCGCAGUCG